AUGGCAGCCCUGCUCCCUCCCCCUGGCGCCGAUGCGUUCCGCCUCUUUACCCGGCAAUCGCUGGCGGAGAUCGAGAGGCUCCAAGCGGAAAGGCGAAAGAAGGCAGCCCGUAUAGAAGGGCACGAUGAGGCCGAGGAAGAAGAAGAGGAGGUGACGGUCGCUAACGCUGACCUGGAAGCGGGCAAGAAUCUACCAUGGAUUUACGGAGAUCCUCCGGAAGGGAUGAUCAACACUCCACUGGAGGAUUUGGACCCCUUCUACAAGGGUCAGAAGACAUUCAUCGUGAUCAGCAAAGGCAACACGAUUUACAGGUUCAACGCAGAGCCGGCGUGCUACCUUCUUAGCCCGUUUAGCAUAGUGAGAAGAGGAGCCAUCAAAAUCCUUAUACAUUCAUAUCCUAACGACGCAAUUCAUUUCAAUAUGCUCGCCUGGCUAAUGUCACUUUUUUCCUUAACAUGGUGCCUUAAAUUAUUCAGCAUGUUCAUCAUGAUCACUAUUCUGUCCAAUUGCGUUUUCAUGACAAUGAGCAACCCGCCGGCGUGGAGUAAAAAUGUCGAGUACGCUUUUACAGGGAUUUACACAUUUGAAGCCACUGUCAAAGUAUUGUCAAGAGGCUUCUGUAUCGGCUCAUUUACAUUCCUUCGAGACCCGUGGAACUGGCUGGAUUUCAUGGUGAUCAGCAUGGCAUACAUCACUGAAUUUGUCGACCUUGGUAACGUAUCCGCCCUCAGGACCUUCCGUGUACUUCGAGCCUUGAAGACCAUCACUGUGAUUCCUGGUCUUAAAACCAUCGUGGGUGCUCUGAUCCAGUCGGUAAAGAAAAUGGGGGACGUGAUGGUCUUGACGGUCUUCGCUCUUGCUGUAUUCGCCCUGGUCGGACUGCAACUUUUCAUGGGCAACCUGAGGCACAAGUGCAUACGCUGGCCAAUUCACGGCAACGACACGGUCGAGUGGUUCAACGUCACUGAUGCGGCGCUGCCGUACAAUCUAACGUUUGGCGUCAACGGUAGCGAUUAUUCCAACAGCACCUUUGACUUCGCAGAGUACACCGAAAACUCUGAUAAUUACUACUUUUUGGAAGGCAGCAAAGAUCCCCUUGUAUGUGGGAACAGUUCUGAUGCUGGUGUCUGCCCUGAAGGCUUCAUGUGCAUGAAGGCCGGCGGGAACCCAAAUUACGGUUACACCAGCUUUGACUCGUUCGGCUGGGCUUUCCUGGCGCUCUUCAGACUCAUGACCCAGGACUACUGGGAAAACCUCUUCCAGCUGAUCCUGCGGGCGGCGGGGAAAACGUACAUGCUUUUCUUUGUGGUGGUGAUCUUCUUGGGCUCCUUCUACCUCAUCAACCUCAUCCUGGCGGUGGUGGCCAUGGCGUACGAUGAGCAGAACCAGGCCACGCAGCGUGAGGCUAAGGAGAAGGAGGAGGAGUUCCAGCGCAUUCUCGAGCAGCUCAAGAAUCAGGAACAGGCUCAACUGACUGGUAGUGGCGAUUCUCUGAACAACGACAAGGCACAGAGUCAUCGCUCUGCUUCUGAGCUGAGCCUGGAGCGCGACGAAGACAUCAAGGAUUGUAACGGCAGAAUGGUACCAACCCUCCUGGUGCGAUCGCCUACCUUUAACGAGGUCAAGUUGGAGGACGCUCAAAGGCCUUGUCCGCCGGGCUGGUACAAGUUUGCCAACGUUUUCCUGAAGUGGAACUGCUGCGAGCCGUGGAUGUUCCUUAAAAAGUGGUUGUAUGUCAUCGUGAUGGACCCCUUUUUUGACCUGGCCAUCACCAUUUGCAUUGUGCUCAACACGCUCUUCAUGGCCAUGGAACACUACCCCAUGACUGAAGAGUUUGACCACAUGCUCUCUGUGGGCAACCUGGUUUUCACUGGGAUCUUCACAGCGGAGAUGGUCUUAAAGCUCAUCGCUAUGGAUCCCUAUUACUACUUCCAAGUGGGAUGGAACAUUUUUGACAGCAUUAUUGUGACGCUCAGCUUGGCGGAAUUGGGUCUGGCGAAUGUCCAGGGGCUCUCGGUGCUGCGUUCCUUCCGUCUGCUUCGUGUCUUCAAGCUGGCAAAGUCCUGGCCCACGCUCAACAUGCUGAUUAAAAUCAUCGGGAAUUCUGUGGGCGCUUUGGGCAACCUGACGCUGGUGCUGGCCAUCAUCGUCUUCAUCUUCGCCGUGGUGGGCAUGCAGCUAUUUGGCAAAAACUACAAGGACUGCGUGUGCAAGAUCAAUGACGACUGCGAGCUGCCGCGCUGGCACAUGAACGACUUUUUCCAUUCUUUCCUCAUUGUCUUCCGAAUCUUGUGCGGCGAAUGGAUCGAGACCAUGUGGGACUGCAUGGAGGUGUCCGGCGCUGCGAUGUGCCUGAUCGUAUUCAUGAUGGUCAUGGUCAUUGGAAAUCUCGUGGUCCUGAACCUCUUCCUGGCACUGCUACUCAGCUCGUUCAGCGGUGACAACCUGUCGACAGCCGAUGACGACGGCGAGCUGAACAACCUCCAGAUCGCCGUCGGCAGGAUAACGCGAGGCAUCGACUGGCUAAAGGCGGCCGCCGUCGAUAUACCUCGAAGGAUCCUGGACAAAAAAAUCAAGGCGACUGAGGACGCCAAUGCCGAAGCGGUGGAGAUGAACGAUUUGGAUGCCAAAAUGGCAGACGGGAUCUCAAACUGUUUGGCGGGACGAACAUCUGGCACCGUUUUGGAUGGAGCGCUCGCUCUCAGUGUGCCCAUUGCGCAGGGAGAGUCAGACUAUGAAAACCUGGAGGACGACGACUACGACUCGAAUAUCUCCACGUGUGGAGAUAGCCCACACGAUGGCGAAAGCCUAGAAGAUGAGCUAGGUCAUUUGAAAGACGUUAAACUCAUGGGCGUAGUAGCGAGCGGUGACAACGACCCUUCGCUGUGCAGCACAGCGGACUAUCAGCCGCCUGAGCCUGAACCGGUUGAAGAGGAGGAGGAAGAGCCGGAGCCAGUUGAGCCAGAAGCCUGUUUCACUGAAAACUGCGUCAGGCGCUGGCCCUGCCUCACAGUGGACGUCAGCACAGUCGGAGGAAAGAGAUGGUGGAAGCUGCGGAAGACCUGCUUUGCUAUCGUAGAACACGACUGGUUUGAAACCUUCAUCAUCUUCAUGAUCCUGCUAAGCAGUGGCGCUCUGGCUUUUGAAGACGUCUACCUCGAGCGGCGUCGAAUAAUCAAAAUUAUCCUGGAGUAUGCCGAUAAAGUUUUCACCUUCGUCUUUGUCAUGGAGAUGAUCCUGAAAUGGACAGCGUACGGCUUCAAGACGUACUUCACUAAUGCCUGGUGCUGGUUGGACUUUUUCAUCGUCGAUAUCUCUUUGAUCAGUUUGGUGGCUAACUGGUUGGGUUUCUCUGAGCUGGGUCCCAUCAAAUCCCUCCGAACUCUGAGGGCGUUGAGGCCUCUGCGCGCCCUGUCCAGAUUUGAAGGCAUGAGGGUGGUGGUCAACGCGCUAGUGGGCGCCAUCCCGUCCAUUUUCAACGUGCUGCUGGUGUGCCUCAUCUUCUGGCUUAUCUUCAGCAUCAUGGGCGUCACCAUGUUCGCCGGCAAGUUUUACCGCUGCAUCAACACCACUACCGGGGAGCUCUUUCCUGCCGCUGAAAUCAACAACCGCAGCGAGUGCCUGGCACUGCAGGAGGACACCGGGGAGGCCCGCUGGGUCAAUGUCAAGGUCAACUACGACAAUGUGGGGCAGGGCUACUUGUCGCUGCUUCAAGUGGCAACUUUUAAAGGUUGGAUGGACAUCAUGUAUGCUGCUGUCGACUCGAGAGAGGUGGAAGAGCAGCCGUCCUAUGAGAUCAACCUGUAUAUGUACAUCUACUUUGUCAUCUUCAUUAUUUUCGGCUCCUUCUUCACGCUCAACCUCUUCAUUGGUGUAAUCAUUGACAACUUCAAUCAGCAAAAGAAAAAGUUUGGAGACAAGGACAUCUUCAUGACAGAGGAGCAGAAGAAGUACUACGAAGCCAUGAAAAAGCUCGGUUCCAAGAAGCCACAGAAGCCAAUUCCACGUCCCACUAAUUUCCUCCAAGGACUCGUGUUUGACCUCAUCAGUCAGCAGUUCUUUGACAUCUUCAUCAUGGUGCUCAUCUGCCUCAACAUGGUGACCAUGAUGGUGGAGACGGACAACCAGAGCGCCGAAAAGGAGGACUUCCUUUUCAAAGUCAAUCUGGCCUUCAUUGCGGUUUUCACCACUGAGUGCUUGCUGAAGCUCUUUGCUCUGCGGCAGUACUUUUUCACCAAUGGCUGGAACAUAUUCGACUUCAUCGUCGUUAUCCUCUCUAUCGCCGGCACAAUGCUGUCUGACGUGAUUGAGAAGUACUUUGUGUCACCGACCCUCUUCCGCGUGAUCCGUCUGGCCAGGAUCGGUCGCAUCCUGCGUCUAAUCAAAGGCGCCAAAGGGAUCCGGACGCUCCUCUUCGCCCUGAUGAUGUCGCUUCCCGCCCUCUUCAACAUCGGUUUGCUACUCUUCCUCAUCAUGUUCAUCUUCUCCAUUUUCGGCAUGUCCAACUUCGCCUACGUCAAAAAAGAGGCGGGCAUUGAUGACAUCUUCAAUUUCGAGACCUUUGGCGGGAGCAUCAUUUGCCUAUUCCAGAUCACGACGUCAGCCGGCUGGGACGGGCUCCUACUUCCGAUGCUCAACAGGGAGCCCCCUGACUGCGACCCUGAUUUUGAGAACCCCGGUACAGAUGUAAGAGGCAACUGCGGCAGCCCGGGCAUGGGCAUGAUGUUCUUUUCCAGCUACAUCAUCAUCUCCUUCCUGGUUGUGGUCAACAUGUACAUCGCCAUCAUUUUGGAGAACUUCAACGUGGCGCAGGAGGAGAGCGGCGAUGCGCUGUGCGAGGAGGAUUUCGAGAUGUUCAAUGAAACGUGGGAGAAGUUUGACAAGGACGGAACCAUGUUCAUUGAGUACGCCCGCCUCUCAGAUUUUUGCGACGCACUACAGGAACCACUGAAGGUCGCCAAGCCCAACCGCCUUCGCUUGAUUCAAAUGGACCUCCCGCUGGUCAUAGGCGAUCGCAUCCACUGCUUGGACGUCUUAAUGGCCGUCACGGAGAUGGUCCUGGGUGACACUUUGGAAAUGGCGGCUAUGCGGGAGAGCAUCAAGACCAAGUUUCUUCAGAGCAACCCAACCUCGGACUCUUUCACACCUAUCACCACUACUGUACGCCACAAAGAGGAGGAGUGGGCUGCCACUGUCAUCCAGCGGGCUUACCGGUGCCACCUGCUGCGACGCGGGCUCCGCCAUGCCGCCUUCAUCCACCGGGCCAAAAGCGGGGUGGCGCAGGAUCAAGACACAACAGAAAGGGAGGGACUCAUUGCACGCAAAAUGGAAGAUCUAUAUGGAAGCUACCCAUACCUGGCCAAGGGCAAAACAUCGAAGAAUCCAGCUGCACUGGGAAUACAACUUGGUCCUGGCACUUCUGGGUCAGGUGUCAUACCACUACCUGUGGAAAUCACUAAUGAGGUUGUACUUCAUUCUGCGCCUGAGCCGGACCGAGGCUUCGGCAGUCUCCAGAAAAACCUCAGAGAGUCGCUUGUAUAG